AAUCUCAUUAAAAAAAAAUCCAAUCUCUUCAUCUCUAACAUAGAGACAUUUGACUGUUCAAACUAAAAAUGCAAAAACGCAGGAGACAAGUUACAACAUCGCCGCCUGCCGCAAGCACUCUCCCCUCUGCCUUGUUGUUUCUUCCUUCUCAGUAAAUAAAUCAGGUGAACAACCUCUAAUUAUUCUCAUCCUUUCUUUUAACGAUUGAGACUUCGAAAGGGCAAAAGAGGCAAAAUUGACAAAUUGACGGUGACGUAGUACCUGCUGUGGAAACGCUUAACCAAACAGACACUUAGAAAUCGACGGAAUCGCUUUUGGAGUGAAGAAACGGGCGUUUGGUGCUGUCCAACGCCAAACCAAACAGAGGCUCAAUCAGUCUUAUUUGGUCGCCGUCUGUAUCACGUGUUCCGUUGGACGUUUUCGUCUUCAUCUCAAUUGCGAGCUUUGGCGGAACAAUCAAUUUCUAGGUUCCCCUUUUGCAAGACAGAUUAAGGGUUUCCCUUCUAAGUUAGACGUGUGAGUGCAGCGCCAUGGCUUUAUGCGGAGCUGGCAGACGUGUUUAUAUGAAGCUGUUCACCGGUGCCAAUUAUUCAUCAUUUUCGGCAUCCAAUGAAAUGAAUCUGAUAAAGCAAUUGAGAGAAAGAACAAGCGCUCCCAUUAAAGACGUGAAAGCGGCUCUCGUCGAUUCCAAUUGGGACAUCGACGCUGCUCAGAAGGAACUGAGAAAAAGGGGAAUUGUUCUCGCUUCCAAAAAAACAUCUCGCACUGCUUCAGAAGGUUUGCUCGCUCUUGCUCAAAACGACCACAAAACUGCUCUCAUUGAACUCAACUGCGAAACUGAUUUCGUUGCCAGAAAUGACAUCUUUCAACACUUGGCACUAUCUCUGGCUAACCAAGCUUUAUUGCUUCCUAAUUCUUCUUCCUUUAACUUUGGACCUCAAUCUUUGGAGGAGAUGAAAUUGAAUCUUCAACAUCCAAAGAUCAAUGGAGAAACUACCGUUCAAAAUGCUAUCACUGAAGUAGCUGCUAUCAUGGGAGAGAAUGUAAAACUCAGAAGAGGUUAUGUGAUGCCUGCACCAUCUAACGGUCUUGUAUCUACAUAUCUUCAUACCAGUCCCCAACCUGGUUUGGGUCGCAUUGCUGGGAUCUUAUCUCUUGAAGUUGAUGGUGGUAAAACACAAGUAGAUGCACUCCAACAUGUUGGAUCAGAAUUGGCCAUGCAUGUAGUGGCGGCAAAACCAGUAUUCUUAACAAAGGAACUUGUGUCUUUGGAUGCAUUAGAAAAUGAGCGUGAAAUUCUUAAAUCUCAGGCAGAAGCCUCUGGUAAAUCUCAGAUGGCCAUAGACAAAAUGGUUGAAGGUCGUCUGCGCAAGUACUUUGAGGAUGUUGUGCUUAUGGACCAAAAGUUUGUUAUGAAUGAUACUAUGAAAGUGAAGGCGGUGCUGGAUAAUCUAUCCAAAGAGGUGGGUUCAUCCGUGAGGAUUGUACGCUUUCUCAGAAUGGAGGUUGGGGAAGGAAUUGCAAGGCAAGAAACAGAUGCAUCUGAGGCUGUUGCUCAGGCAGCCUAAUUUAAGGUGAUUUAGUGCAAUAAUGGAGGAAACUUCUCCGAGAUAAGGUUUGUUUUGAGAGUCUUCUGUUCUCCAACUCAUAAUAUGAUUCUGUUGAAAACUUUGCUCCAUUUUGUAAAACAUCAAUGGUUUCUUUUAGUGUACUAGUGUGCUCUUGUGGACUUUCUUGAUCUCGAUCAUCAAAAAGCCGAGGAAAGUCAUCGUCAUA